AUGCAGCCUUCGCAGCAGUGGUCACCAGAAACCCACACCACCGAUUCCAAGACCGGCCUCGAAAACAACCUAGGACCGUCAUCUUCUUCGGAGCCUAAGGGUCUGCUUCCGGGACACCAUGGGAAGUCGUCGGUACGCCCUCGUGGCAUCGGACUGUUUCGAGUGGAAUCUACGGGUGAAAGUGGGCGCCAUGGUAUCCACGUCGGUCACUUUCUGAAAGUUUGCGCCAGAAGUACCUGUACUCUGUCCAUGGUAGUCAAUGUUCUCUGGCCGUUUGUUCCUGCCGCUAUUGCCCUUGCUUUUGCGCGGCCGGACCUCCAUGUCUGGGUCUUCGCUCUCAACUUUAUCGCUAUCAUACCGACAGCGAAUCUGCUCGGUUUCGCCGGCGGCGAGCUGGCUAGAAAGCUCCCCAAAGUGCUAGGUGUUCUGCUAGAGACAACCCUGACCUCUGUCGUUGAGAUCGUGCUAUUUAUGGUUCUGAUAGCACAUGACAAGAACAAUAACCUUAUUCCGGUCAUUCAAGCUGCCAUUCUUGGCUCUAUCCUUGCUAAUCUUUUGCUCUGUCUGGGACUGUGCUUUUUCUUUGGCGGAUUGAGACGGAAUGAGCAGGCGUUCCAUGAGGCUGUCAGCGAGGUUGGCUCGGGGCUUUUGCUCGUUGCUGGAUUUGGCCUUUUGAUCCCAAGCGCUUUCUACUCUGCACUUUCGGGGUCCGCCACAAGCAAAGGAACUUUCACCGCAGACGAGCUGCUCUCGAAUACGAGGACUAUUAGCAGAGCCACCGCCGUCAUCCUGCUGGUGGCCUUCGUCAUGUAUCUCUGGUUCAAUCUUCAUAGUCACAAUAGCAUCUUCGACGAAGUCCUCGAGCUUGACGAAGCUCGGGAUGAGGAUCGAGACAAGGAACGUCUGAGAGCCAAGCUCACGUUUACUGAGUGCCUGGUGGCUCUAGCCGUUGCGCUUACGUGUGUCAGCAUGUCCGCAGUGUUCUUAGUCGAACAGAUUCCGUAUAUCGUUGAGAGAGGCGUCCCAGAUAAUUUCAUGGGUCUCAUACUUGUUCCCUUGGUUGAAAAGGCGGCGGAGCAUCUUACCGCUGUGGACGAAGCCUGGGAUAACCAAAUCAAUUUUGCUCUUUUCCAUUGCCUGGGGCCAUCAAUCCAGACGGCACUGUUGAAUGCGCCCCUUGUCGUCAUUGUGGGCUGGGGUCUUGGCAAAGACAUGGACCUGAACUUCGAGAUCUUUAUGAUUGUGUUGCUCGUGCUGUCGAUCCUGGUAGUUGGAAACUUCCUUCGCGACGGAAAGUCAAAUUAUCUCGAAGGCGGACUAUGUGUUCUUGUCUAUGUCAUCAUUGCAGUGACGACCUGGUAUUACCCAAAUCCGGAAGAGGGUACCACGAACGUCCAGAUUCCCGCAGGGAGCCACGAGGCUUGA